UGGCUCGGCCCGGGAAUCACCUGCUUCCUGUUGAUUGAGGGCGCAAGGAACGACAGGCAGCUUCAGGGCACGCGUUUCGGUUGAAGUGUGUGGAUCAAACAGAGGCCAUGUCCGGCACAUCGGAUCUCCUCCUUCGCGCUGCCUCGCAGCUGGAAGGGGAUGUGUCAACCAACGAGGUGCCCAUGACCUUUGAGGUCGCCUGGGAAGUGUGCAACAAAGUGGGUGGCAUUCACACCGUCAUCAAGACCAAGGUGCCACAAACCGUGGCCGAGGUCGGCGAACGCAACUACGUCUGCGUCGGCCCGUUCUUCCCCCAAGCCCGUACGGAUGUGGAAGAGCUGGAGCCCAAAAGCGAAGUGCUGGCUGCGACUCUUGAUGCCGUCCGCUCCCAAGGCCUCCAGCUCGUGUACGGCCGCUGGCUGAUUGAGGGCGCCCCACAGGUACUCCUGGUUGACAUUGAGGCCUCUCGCCAUCGCAUUGAUGAAUGGAAAAAGGAUUUGUGGGAACAGACCGGUAUUGGAUGUCCCUGGGAUGACAAGGAAUCCAACAAUGCCAUCAUCUUUGGCUACCUCGUUGCCUGGUUCAUGGGCGAGUACCUGCACCAAUCUGAGGUUCUGCGCGGCAGCCAUCAGCAGUGUGUGGUGGCUCACUUUCACGAAUGGCUCGCCGGCGUCGGCCUCAUCCUCUGCCGCAUCCGCAAAUUCCGUCUUGCCACCAUCUUCACCACCCACGCGACCCUGCUGGGCCGAUACCUGUGCGCCGACCCCAAGUGCGACUUUUACAACAACUUGCCCUACUUUGAUGUGGACAAGGAAGCAGGGGACCGUCAAAUUUAUCACCGGUACUGCAUUGAGCGUGGCAGCUGCCAUAGCGCACACAUCUUCACCACCGUGUCCAAGAUCACUGCUUACGAAGCACGGCAUCUGCUCAAGCGCGAGGCCGAGGUCAUCACCCCCAACGGUUUGAACGUGGUCAAGUUUUCAGCUCUGCACGAGUUCCAGAACCUGCACGCCAAGAGCAAGGCCAAGAUUCACCAGUUUGUCAAGGGUCACUUCUACGGUCACAUCACCGAUGAAUGGGAUCUGGAUAAGACGCUGUACUUUUUCACGGCGGGUCGCUAUGAAUUUGUGAACAAGGGCUGUGACCUCUACCUUGAGAGCCUGGCCCGCCUCAAUCACAUGCUGCGCCAGACGGGCUCUGAUGUGACAGUCGUGGCCUUUGUCAUCAUGCCGGCAAAGACCGCCAAUUUCAACGUAGAAGCGUUGCGUGGCCAAGCCGUUGUCAAGAACUUGACGGACACCGUUAAGACCAUCCAGGGCAAGGUGGGGGCCAAGAUGUUGGAGCAGGUCAUGCGGGGUGAGCUUCCGCAGUCGGGCGAGCUGCUGGAUCAAACCGAUGUUCUCAAGCUGAAACGUGGUCUCCUUGGGGCACAGCGCGACUCGCUGCCGCCAGUCAUCACACACAAUCUGGAGGAUGACAGCAAGGAUGAGGUGCUUGGCUGUAUCCGCCGGUUCGUGCGCCAUGGCAAACGACGUCGCGAGCCGUGGGGCUACACGCCAGCCGAGUGCACCGUCCUGGGCGUGCCUUCUGUCACGUCGGAUUUGAGUGGUUUCGGUCUUUUCCUGCGCGAGCACGUCGAGGACCCUUCCCAGUAUGGUAUCUACGUCAUUGAUCGCCGCUUCAAGGCACCAGAGGAGAGUAUUCAGCAAUUGACCGAGCACAUGUUUGACUUCUGCUGCCUGAAUCGCCGCCAGCGCAUCAACUUGCGCAAUCGCACCGAGCGUCUCAGCGAUCUUCUGGGCUGGUCGACAUUGCAAGAUUACUACUAUAUGGCCCGCGUCAAGGCAUUGCAUCGCGUCUUCCCUCAUCAGUACCCGGACCCGGAUGCCAAAUCAAACACAAACUUCAAACUUCGAGCAUCCGCUGCCAACUCGCCCAAGCUUCCCCGUUUGGAGCCUCGUCUGGAGGAAGACCAGGUGCCGAUGGACCAGCUCAGCCUGGAAUAAGCAUCUCUUUCAGGGCGUGUAUCCCCUACUCACUCUUCUCGUGUCCGUGCCUCCCACAUGCUUGUGUCGCGGAGCUGCCCUCUCCAGGGCUGUCACAUUCAUAGUCGUCUUUGUGUCUCCCCGUGCUCCAUGACGUGCUGUUCCAACACAGUCGGUGCCCUCCUAUCUCUCAAAAGCCAAUAAAUUUAUCCACGUUUCCA